AUAUUCUAGGUGACUAUGGCAGUUCCUGGAGGGACAAAGGAAAAGCUCACUGACAUUCCGCGCCAUGUGUGGAAGGGCUUGCCCGAUAGCAUGAGACUAAGCUGCUCUGCUGUUGAUCAAAGUCGCAUUGUUGUCUGGGCCUCGAGGCUGAUCCCUAAAGGCAAGAGGUUCGGCCCGUUUGUAGGAGAGAGAAAAAAGAUGUCCCAGGUGUCCAGCAAUGUUUACAUGUGGGAGGUGUAUUUUCCAGCCAGGGGCUGGAUGUGUGUGGAUGCUACAGACCCCAUGAAAGGGAACUGGCUACGGUAUGUAAACUGGGCAUACUCCACUCAAGAACAGAACCUUUUCCCCAUGGAGAUCAACCGAGCCAUUUACUACAAAGUGUUACGGCCAAUAGGACCCGGGGAAGAGUUGCUGGUGUGGUACAAUGGGGAAGACAACCCUGAGAUAACAGCUGCAUUAGAGGAAGAAAGAGCCAGCAAGCUGAACAAGAAAAAUUCACCCAAGGCAAAGCGAGCCAGAAAACUGUUGGAAAGAGCCAGACAGGCUUGUUUGGGUGGAUUCCGUGGGCCCAAACAAACAGGCGGAACCAAACCUAUUGUCACAGAGAUGUGGGAUACAGAGGAAGGUCCAAAUGAGGAGGACGAGAGACCCUCUCCUUCUCCAGGGCCUUCACAGGGGACUCGGGAGAGCUCCACCAUGGGGAGUAACAGCCUCUCUCAAGCCCAGUUCAUCUCAGCAGCAAUGAGAGAGAAAGAUGAGGAGGGUGAUGAGGAAGACCCAAGGGAUCUGCAGCAGCGGCCGUCGCAGAGUGCUCGGUCUGCUACUGAAGCUGAGUCGGAGGAUAGGUGUGAGCAGCCUGAUCUGCCACUAAGCCAUAGCAGCCCAGGUGAGGUGGGGCCUGGGAGCCUUCAGACUGCCUCAUUCCUACCAAGGCCUGAACCAGAGGCUGACCCAUACCUCGACCCUGACCUUGAAGGUGACCCCCACGGAGAGGAGUCCCAUCCCUGCCAGCACUGCGAGCGCCAUUUCUCCACCAAACAGGGCUUGGAGCGCCACACCCACAUCCAUGCCACUGCAAACCAGCAAACACAUACGUUCAAAUGCCGUUACUGUGGCAAGUCCUUUGGCUCGCAGGUGGGACGUCGGCGGCACGAGCGGAGGCAUGAGAACGGGCCAAAAAACAAAGGCCAAAGGCCUGGCUCACUGGCUGGGACUGCUACUUUACUCAGUCCUCUGGGGCAGGCUGACUGUUCCAGCCCAGACUGUGCCACUGUCUCUGGCCACUAUGUUGUCAUGGGGUCCCCGCUCCCUGGAGGACUUAUGCAGAGCCCUCAGCUUGUGAGGAAGGACCCUGCGGCUGAGAGUGACCAGCCCUUUAUCGUGGAUGAGAAUGGAGAGACAAAAGAGCUUCAUCCUUGCAAGUACUGUAAUAAAGCUUUCGGCACUCACACUAACAUGCGCAGACACCAACGCAGAAUCCACGAGCGCCACUUACUGCCCAAGGGUGUGCGCAGGAAAGGCAUGCUGCUGCAGGAGAGCCCGCAACAGCAGCAGCAGCGUCUGCCUGAGCAGUCCCCCAGUGCCAGCCCACCCCCUGUCUAUGUGCCCAGUGCAGACACUGAGGAUGAGGGGGACCGAGAGGAGUACAUGGUCGACAUAUCCAAUAAUAUCUCGGAGAACCUCAGCCUGUACAUCGACGGCAAGAUCCUGUCCACUAGUUCAGUCAGCGGCUGUGAGGUGAUCGAAGUGGACUCCAGUUCUGCAGCACUGUUUGGUCUCGAUGCAGUGGUCAUCAGCCCCAAUCAGAUCAGUCAGGCUUUCAAAGUGGACACCAGGACCUGUGCUGUGAAGCAGGUCUCCAACCUCGGCCAGCCCACGACGAAAAGGAGAACGUCGACACCCCCGCUCAUGCCCAGUCUUAAAAUGGAGUCUGAAAAUGGGUCCUCCUCUGCCUCUUCCUCCUCCACGUCUUCCUCAUCUACCUUGUUGGUGGAAAGUCUCUUCCCUCAGUCCUCAGACUCAUUAGCAUUUCAAAAGGAGAAAACUAUCUAUCUGUCUCCUAAGCUCAAACAGCUCCUCCAGACUCAGACAGACGGUCAGAAACCCACCAUCGCCCUGAUAGCAGACAGCCACAGAUUAGCUCCCCCUCUCUCCGUUACGUCUCUGCCUGCAGCCUCAGGCAGGUUUAAGAGAAGAACGGCUUCCCCUCCCUCGUCUCCACAGCUCAGCCCUGCGCUGAAAGCAGAUGGCUGUAAGAGCGAGGCAGGGGUCUCGUCGUACACCCUCAAGGUGCCAAAGCUGGAGAGCCUGGGCAUUUCCUCUGCCUGGAGUCUGUCCAGCAAAGAGGAGAGGAACACCAUGAGUCCCAGCGGGAAGGACGGGUGCAGCUGGUCUGCCUCUCGGACCGGAGGGAACUCGUGUAAUCAGCAGCCCUUGGACCUUUCCAGUGGCAUCAGUAAAUGGAGUGAUGGCUUCAACAAGACGCCCAGGGAGGAAGUGCUGGAUUUAAGCAUGAGUCGGAAGAGUACAGCGGAGCCAGAGUCCAAGGGAAGUCCAGCUCCGACACAGCCCCACACCAAGAAGAAGAAGCCCAAUACCAGUAUGCUAGAGAAGGUGUUGAUGAAUGAGUACGCUGGCUUAAACCCAGCAGGAGAGGAGGGCUCUUGUGCCUUGGGAAGCCCAGAUUCUCAGUAUACUGCAAGCAGUGGUACAGGCACAGCUUCUCACAGUCCCUCUUCCAAUAUGCCCUUUGAAUCAGCCGAUCCCUCUCCCCCCUCUCUAACCCCUGUCACUAUGAAUCCCUCCUCCCCCUGCGUCUCCAGCCUGACCUCUCCAACUCCACCUCCCCCUGUCCUACCCUCUAUGCCCUCAUCAGACUGCCCCACUUCCAGCUCUCUCCCUGUCCUCUCCCCUAAAAUCCCCAGAUCCAUUGACCAUUGUGAGGACGAGCCAGUUUGUGUAUCUAACUCUACUACAGCAGAGACAAUAUUAGCUGCGGUAAGUAACAGUUAUGGAGAUGUCACUAAGCCAGUAGACCCCACCCACAAUACAGAUCCCGUUAUCGGGAAAGCUUUAUCAAACCCCUCUACAGAGUCCCCCUCAGUAUCUGAUGCUGUCCCUGUGAGUCUGUCCUCAGCACAAUCUAAACCUGCUAGGAGUGGGAACCACAUUUUCUUAGAUAUCCAAAUUAACCCAGACCUGGAACCGAUUAUUACUGAGGGACAGGGGAAAUCCCAAUGCUCUGAACUCCCUGUUUUAUCACCCGUAACAGAAUACCCCCUCACUGCCUCAUCGACCUCUCCUGUUGGAAUAUCAGAUGUCCCAGCUCCGUCAGUGGUCUCCCCAGCAUCACUCUCUAGCACUGUGAUUAAAGAGGAGGUCCAGCACAUGGAUCAGCUGGCUGAUUUAGGCCUUCCUCCUGGUGCCACAGGGUCUUCACCUCCAUCUGCCGCUGCUGCUGAAAAGCCCUCUGAAGAGGUGGUGGAGGAGGAGGGAUUGGAGCCAGACCCCUUCAGUAAGAGCUUUGUGUGUAACGUGUGUGAGGAUCCCUUCCGCUCCAUCAAAGAGCUCAGUCGGCACAUCGUGGAGCACGCGGCUGAGUGGCCCUACAGGUGUGAGUUCUGUGUGCAGCUGUUUGGGAAUGCCCCGGCCCUGCUGGAGCACCGUACAGCCCUCCAUGGUGUGGGACGCAUCUUUGUCUGCUCCUUCUGCUCCAAGGAGUUCGCCUUCCUCUGCAACCUCCAGCAGCACCACAAAGACCUGCAUCCCAGCCAGCCGUGCACACACGCAGCGGUGGAGAGUGGCAAGCUGAGGCCACAGAACUACACAGACCCAGCCAGGGCCAAAGAGGAGAGUAACCUCUCAACCACAGGGCCUGAGUCCUCUGCUGAAGCUGCCUCCUCCCAGGGGGUCUCUGAUGUGAAGAAAGAGCAGCCUGAUACUAACGGGAAGCAUGAGGAGGCUGGACCAGAGGACCCAACUGAAGAGCUCUAUACUACAAUAAAGAUCAUGGCUUCUGAAGGAGGCAAGCCUAAAGGCCCAGACGUUCGCCUGGGCAUUAAUCAACACUACCCCAGUUUCAAGCCACCCCCCUUCCCCUACCACAACCGCACGGCUGCAGACUCAGUGGCCUCGGCCACCAACUUCACUACCCACAACAUCCCCCAGACAUUCAGCACUGCCAUCCGAUGCACCAAAUGCGGCAAGAGCUUUGAUAACAUGCCCGAGCUGCACAAGCACAUACUAGCCUGUGCCAACGCCAGUGAUAAGAGGCGGUACACUCCCAAGAAGAACCCCAUCCCUCUCAGACAGAUAGUGAAGCCUCAGAACGGAGCUCUGUCACCUGCCUCUGCUGCCAACGCAGGGCACAACGCCUUCCGCAGAAUGGGCCAACCCAAGAGGCUGAACUUCAACCAAGAACCGCUUGGCAAAACCAAGAUGAGUUCCCUCAGUAAGAAGAAGAACCAGCUGGUUCAGAAGGCCAUCACUCAGAGGAAUAAGACUGCUGCUACUGCUAAGGCCCCUAGCCAGGUUAAAGAGGAGGAGCCGCAGGGGGUCCAUGUGUGCCCUCACUGCAGUCGGGAGUUCACUUACCCGGCCAGUCUCAGUAAACAUAUAGCAGUCAGCUGUCCCAUGAAGCCUGUCUCGAAAAAGGCCAAAAAGGGAGCAGCAGCAGAAGAGGCAACACCAGCUGUAGAUAAAAACAUGAGCCUUCGAAGGAGAACCACAGACUCUGAGAUCCAGCAGCCAGAGACUGCUGAGCCGGUGCCCAAAACCCUGGGCAAAACACGCGCUCGCACUUCUGGACCCGGCUCUGCGGAGGCUGAGACCACACCGCGGCCAGGUAAAGGAAAGACUGCUGUCACACAGGUGCGUACGAAGAGGCCAGCCUCUUUCCCUGCUGCCACAGUUUCUCUCAACAUGAAAAGUAAAAAAGGCAAAGUUCAAUCAUUACCCCCCACCCCGUUGCCCUCCGAGACUCCCAGUAACUCUGCACCACUGCCAGCAACCCAGACAAAGCAACGCACGGGCAAGGAAAUGCUGCCUAAGAAGGUAGCAGAGGUGAAAUUGCCCCUACAGAAGCCGUCUCAGGUGCCGCCUAAGAAAGAAGGGGAACGGUUCUCUCUGAGAGCGAGGGAGCGAGCUGGUGGGCCGGUGACCCGGAGCCUACAGAUGGCCAACAAUGUAGCUCCUGUGGAGGUGAAAACAGAGGACCUCUCCAGCCAGGGGCCUAAAGAGACCCAGGAGUCCUUGCUGAAAUGAGCCAGGUAAAGCCAUGUCGAUCUGAGGAGAAAGAAGUCCCUGGCUAGGAGGGUGUUGCUGUGCUGGCUCACCUCGGAGGAGAUCCUCUGGCCUUUCCAAGGUUCUGACGGACAGGAGGAUCUGGAGGUGGGCUGGCUCAGUUACAGGACAUCAUGGACUCUGCUCUCUACACAUCACAUGCUGUGUUGGCUGAACAGGAGGGAUGCCUUUCUCUCCAUCACUCACUGUGAAAUGAGCCUGAGACUUUUAAACACAAAAAAGAAACGAUUAACAGACUGUAAAUUAAUAUAUACAGUCUGUCAUAUAUUUUCAGUCAUAACUUGACCCAUAACAUUGACAUUGGGGUUCCGUUACGGUUAAAAGCUGAUAUAUUGCAAAUGGCAAUCAUUUAUAUCAGUUCACAAAACUGGUCUGGUGUUUCUUUCGCUGUGUUUUUGGUUUACUUGUUUGGUUGUUGAGAUGUUGGAGGAUUCAACAGUCUUUUAAUGCAUGUGCUGAUUAUCCAGUAGAACUAGUCAGAACCCUGUCCCUCGCCUGUGUCCCAUGUUAAGUCUUGCACCUACUUUAAUUAAUACAAAUAAUUUGCAAAUUAAUAUGUACAUUUGAUUUCAUGUAAUACUCCAUUGAGAAUACAUUGUAGAAUAUCUCUUAUGCAUUUAUUUUUUGUUUAUUUGGGAAGCUAGGAUUAAACCGCUGUUUUCAACUGUAGAAGUGGGUUGUCUGAAAGGUUGGCUGAAAAGAGUGUGUGCAAAUGUGUUGUGUGGCAGGCAUGUGCUGUAUGUGUUGUGUGGCAGGCAUGUGCUGUAUGUGUUGUGUGGCAGGCAUGUGCUGUAUGUGUUGUGUGGCAGGCAUGUGCUGUAUGUGUUGUGUGGCAGGCAUGUGCUGUAUGUGUUGUGUGGCAGGCAUGUGCUGUAUGUGUUGUCUGACAACAGUUGACCCCUUCAUCUCAAAGUUGAGACGUGUGUUGUCUCUGGUAUGUUUUGUCUUCAUGUUGCUUAUCAGAGCAGUACCAGCAGGGAAACCUGCCACAACUAGAACAAUGCCACUUAACACCGUUAGUUCCCAGAGAAGGGAUAGGGAAGAUGAGAUUUGCUCUUCACGUUGAAAAUGUGAGUGGCUAAGGAACACUGCCGCUUAUCCAGUUGAUUGACAUUGUGGAUUUCAGAGGCUCACAUGUUGAUGUGUUAUAAGUAGCCCCCUCUUGUCUGAAAGCACUUCAAGAAGAAAAUCUGCCAAACUGUUUUGAUUAGAUCAGUAUGAAUCCUUAAAGGACCAAUGCAGUCAAACAUGAUUUUCUGUAUUUUCUAGAUAUUUCCUCGCUGGGGUUGGAAUACUACUGUGACAAUUAUGAUGCUCUUUUAAUGUAAGAGCUGUUUGAAAAUACUCACCCAGACCACUCCCAGUCCUAGCAAAAAUCUUGAGAAAUUGCUCUUUUCAAUUUUUAUUGAAAUUAAUCACAGUAAGGUACUUAAUUGUUACCCUGAAAUGAUUUGAUAUUGAGGUAAAAAAAUGACUGCAUUUGGACCUUUCAGUUAUUUGGUUUUAAAUGUGAAGAAUGAGAUUUAGACAUUUCUAUUGCACAUGACUGAAACGGAGUUGCCUCAGAAAAAUAAUUUAAAUGUAGUCAUUGGAAUAUUUCCCUGUAACAUUUUCCUGAUUAAAGACUCCCUAUAGAUUUG